AUGACCCCUUCCAUCGACAACCACUCACCCAGCAAUGGCGAGAUCACAGAGGAGCAGCUGCUCGAAGAAGUGCGGAAAACCAACACGCUCCCGCUGUGGACGCAAAUGACGCGUCUGAAUCCCCCCGAGCCGAAUCCCAUCUGCGUUCCGUUUGUGUGGAAAUACAAGUUCAUCCGGCCCAACCUGCUCACGGCAGGGAAGCUGAUCACGGAGAAGAAGGCGGAGCGACGCGUCCUGAUGCUGGUGAAUCCUGCACGAGAGGCCCCCUACACAACCGACACGCUGUACGCCGGUCUCCAGCUGGUCAUGCCGAACGAAACCGCCCCGGCGCACCGUCACACAGCGUUCGCGAUGCGCUUCAUCAUCGAGGGUAACGGCGGUUUCACGGCCGUUCAUGGUCGCCGGAUUUGCAUGCAGCAGGGGGAUGUGAUCCUGACUCCCACUUGGAACUACCAUGACCACGGCAAGGACGGAUCGGGCCCCAUGAUCUGGCUGGAUGGCUUGGAUCUGCCGAAUUUCCGCCACUUCCCCGUGCAUUUUGUCGAGCAUUACGCUCAGCCGCGGUACCCAGCGGAGGACGUUGACAGCGAGCAGUCGCCCCUGGUUUUCCCCUGGGCGAAGAUGAAGGCGGAGCUGGAUAGUGCUGAUGAACCAUGGGUGACAUGCCGCUAUUUUCGAUCGGACGGUCAUGAAGUUAGCAGAAUCCUCGGCGGCAGUGCCGAGAGAAUCAGCCCGGGAUGCUCCUCGCCCCGUCGGCGGGAGACCACAUCGGCCGUCUAUCAUGUCGUCUCCGGGAGCGGCUAUUCCGUCAUCGGCGAAACGAAAUUCUCCUGGGAAAAGGGCGAUACAUUCUGCGUGCCGGCUUGGUACCCAUACGAGCAUUUCGCGGAUCCGUCCGAGACGGUGUACCUGUACCGGAAACACUCAGUCAAGGAAACACUGAGUAAAGGAAUCCUCGUAGGGCAUGAAUGGAAGCCUCCAAUGGGAGCUCCGACCCACCCCCAGGACCGCCAGCCAAACGGCGCCGAGUCGCGUUGGCUUGCGAUGCGUGCCGCACGAGAAAGUCCCGAGUAUGCUGGCUGUUCUGAUCCAUACAUAGCCAUUUCCGUGCAGAGCUGUCGGCUGACGAAUCCCCAGUGCGAUGGCUCUCGUCCAAAAUGCUCACUGUGCAUCGAUCUGGGGUUCGAGUGUGUCUAUACCCCGCCGGCCACCGCCACCAAUGUCAUCAUCCACAAGGAUUACUUGACGAGCCUGGAGAGCCGUGUCAGAGCAUUGGAGGAGACGCUGUCGGCCGUCGAAGACCACGUCGAUGAUCUGUCGUCUCGACUGGAUCGGGGCGACGACCCCAAGAACAGACAUGAUCCGAAAGCGUCGCAAGAUGUUGAACCCGUGUCUGAUCUUGCUGGUGUAGAGGAUGCCGUUGAUGCGAUGGGCGCAGUCGUCUUUGCAGAUGAGGAAGACUCGGGAUUUUUUGGACCGUCUUCCAAUAUUGCUUUCUUGCGGCAUCUCUCGCAGGCGGUAACGUCUGCUGGGAAGAUGCAGAGCGAACUGACUUCGCCGUCACUCCGCGGAUCGGGACAAUUCGAGGGUGGUUUUCUGAACGUGUCUCGGCCUCCAUCUCCCACGCUCCGCCAUUCUGAUCGGGACGCUGCGCAAAACAAGUACAACAUCUUCACCCUCCCGCCGUCGAACGAAACGUCGGAGCUGAUCCAGAGGUACUUUUCCGACACGGGCCUCCUUUUCCCGUACUUGCAUGAGCCCACCUUUCGCGAGACCUACGGCCAGUUAGUCCGCGACGGCUUUACCAAAGUGCGUCGAACGUGGCUUGGAUUGCUGAAUAUGGUGCUUGCGAUGGCUACCAUCACGGCAUCUGCAGGGAACACGCGAGCAGAUGCCCGGAUCAAGGCAUCGGACGUAUUCUACCAAAGAGCGCUGGGUCUUUGCGGCAAAGAGAUCCUGCGGGGGACGACUCUCGAACGCGGUGUCCGUUACAGUUCAAUAUCUGCUUCUGAUGGGCCAGUACCUCCAAGGAACGCAAAAGUCGGUUCAGGCCUGGACCGUGCAUGGAUUGGCCGUGAAGGCAGCUCUUCAGCUGGGGUUGCAUUCGCAGGAAGCGUCCAGGGUCUUUUCUCCUCUGGAGCGAGAAAUCCGGAAGCGAACCUGGUAUGGCUAACCCUAAGCAUGACCUUUGGGCGUCCUGCCGCCAUACCGGACCACUACGUCAAGCUGGAGCUGCCGGCGCACCACGAGUCCAUGCGACCAUUUACCAUGCUGGAUGAUGGCAGUGCCUCCCUGAGCCUGGCUUUCUUCAACUCUACGAUAACCCUGUACAAGCAGAUGUGGAACGUCAUCGACCUCCUUUAUGGCCAAAAUCUGGGAUGUGACCGACCAUCCGGCGUCAGCGAGACUGUCGCCCACGUUUUCCGAAUGGAACAACAUUUGAUCUCCUGGGAGCGAUCUUUGCCCGAUACGCUUCGGCUAACCUGCGCUCGACAGUUGCAAGGAGAAGAGCAACGACAGGAGCCCAGCUGCCCUCGGGACCAGCUUCGAUGGAAACUUCGGGUCAUCCUUACCCUGCGGUAUCUCAAUCUCCGGGUUCUGUUGCAUCGACCGAUUCUCACCAAAUUCAUCGAUGCUCGAGGGAAACAAAGAAACGAGGAAGAGGAGGACGGUCGCCAUGAGUCAAUGCUGCUGCUGAAGCACAUAGGCACGAACAGCGUCGAGAUCUGCGUCAACUCGGCGAUGGAUAUCAUCGACCUGGUCCAUGAAGUUGUCCACGCGCCGGGAUGGCAGAGAAGUCUGCUAGGGGCGUGGUGGUUCUCAUUAUAUUAUACAUUCAAUGCUGCGUUGGUGAUCCUGGGAGCGCUCUGGGUAUGCCGCGGCGAUGAUUCCGAUGAAGCUAGCGUUCCUCCUGAUAUGGACAAGUUGGUCGAGAAGGCCAGCGGUUAUCCUCAGCGGGCUGUUGCUGCGCUGCUCAAUCUGGAUAGUGGAAAUAAAAUGGUGGAUCGGUGUCGAUACUAUCUUGAGCAUUUCAAUAAUGCUCUCAAUCCGGUCGAUGUCGACGGCAUGCCUGUCUCGAACCAUACCACCCUUUUUGCAGACACGACUGCGCGGCUUGGACCAGGUCAAGGUCAAGGUCCUUCAGGCACCGAGAUGAUCGAUUUCUCGACUUCGCUCGGCAUGGGAAUGGAGAUGGAGCUGGGCGAGUUUCUGCUCGACGACGGGGAGCAACUUCGAGGGUUGAUCAACGUUAAUAGGUCCGGUUCAGUAGUCAUUCCGACGCCUGUGCCGGAUGAAGAUGAGGAUGGAAGGGGAUAG